AUGGAUAAAUUGAGAACUGUCGAAACAGACCCUCUUUACGACUACAAAGACAUGUGGUGGAAAACAAUAAGGAAAACAGCAAAUACCGAGUCACUAAAACCUGACUCUACAACAAAAAAUAAAAGUACAACAACAGUAACAGAAACAACUUAUAAACAAUUAACAACAGCCGUUGAUUUAACAACAAGAAUUAAUAAAUUAAAGCUUAAUCAAAAACGUAAACGAUUUGGAGAUGUGACGGGACUUAAAAAUAACAUUCCCAAAUCAAAAUUUAAGAAAGUUAAAGCAAUGGUAAAAGAUGAUAGUGGUGAAAAGAAUAAGACCUUAAAUAUCGAAGAUUUCAUAUACAACGAUGUGUUAAUAGGAAAUUUCUCUUCUGCACAUAAUAAUUUUAUUGAAUAUAAAAGAAAUUACACUAAAGAUGUCAGCAAAGAUAAUAUGACAAAUAUAUAUAAUAGUAACAAGAUAUUCCAAGAGAUUAUCUCUAGUAUGAAUAAAACACAAGUAAAUGACUUUUACAAUCAAAGUUACCCACUAUACGACAGCAUUUAUGACUUUUCAUUAGCAUAAUUUAGGGAUUUAGAAAGAAGUUCGACCUAUCAUAUUAUAUUAUGAGGAUUAUAGCACCCCCUGUCGCUGGCGCCCGGGACAAGUACCCCUAGACCUGGCCCUGGAGACAGUUUGGUGUUACGUCUUAUAUUUAAUAGGAUAUUCUACUUUGAAAUAAUACUUGUUACUUUAUUUUAAUUUAAAGUAAUAGGACAAAUAUUUCGGGAAAACAAACAAGUUUUGUUGCCUUAAAAUAAAAUAAAAUAAAAAAAUAUACCCUCGAAACCGCUGCCCGUCAUGACGUCAUCAAAGAUGUCAAUAAAACAAGAACAACGCCAUCUAACGAUUGAUUACGAAAUAAGCUAAGAAAAGCGCUAUCUAGGAAUUUGACUUAUGAUUAAUAUCUCUAGACUAAUCUGACAGCUUGGUCGCCACAGUGUUUCAAAUCACGUGACACACAGACAUAAAUUACGACUUUAAUUUUAAGAUAAUCGUGCUAUUUUAAGGCUCAAUAAUAUAUUUUUAGCACAAUACACUACCGUAAAGCGCGACUACGGCGAUUACGGUAUGAAAACAACAUGGCACCUGUUCCAUAGCGGCAAGAGAGAGUGGCUGUUGCCGUUCGAAAGGCCCUCGCCGAUGCCACCGUACGGACUAAUAACCACUACUGAAGAGCCAAAAGAUUUCAUAACUACAUUGAACCAUUAUAAAACGACACACAGCGAGGGCUACUUCUCCACGUUCCUGACGUAUCUAUUCUACGUCAUAUCAGAGAAACCAGACAGAGAUGUCCGCUUACUAAGUCUUGCUGUUGCUAAGGAAUAUGCCUAUUCUUAUAUUCUAUAUAAAAGUUUACCAGAGAGAAAAUCGACAUUAGCACCAGGCAUAACCUAUAUUAUAGACUUCAUCAAUACAUUUUUCAACGUCAAAGAAGGUUUGGAACUUUUCAAAGCGUUAGACAACUUGAACAAAUUCCCAAAUACGACGGCGAACGCUUACGAAAUAUUAAGAACACUAACUAAAGCUAUAUUUGCACCUUACAUAAGAUUCACUGGUACCAUGAAGUCUAGAAUGCUUAUCGAAUCAAUAAACAAUGAGAUAGUAAGAGCCAAUGAUAAUGAAAUUGUAGAACGAGCAAAAUCAAGCAAAGAAAAUGUUACCAACGGGACAGAUCUUAGAAGACUAGGUUUUUUUACAAACCGAACUAGAUUUCUUGUUGUCGACAGAAAGGAAUCUGACCAAUCUGAGGAUGAAGAGAACAUUAUAAGAAAUAUCCAAAAUAAAUUAAGAUAUACUAGUAACUUUAUUUAUGAAAUAAAGGACGCAAAGAAAAGUAAUGCAAAUGUGAAACUCGUUAAAAGUUCUGAUGAAACUCCUGUUUUUACGAAGCGUACGACAGAAUACAAUCCAUUUCAAAAACACAUAGCUCGAUUCAAAAUUGUAACAAGAAAAACUGACAGUUCUAAACGUGAAAAAAUUCUCUCCACCACCAUGACAAAGUCUUACAAACACAAACUCAAAAUUAAAGAGAAACACUCAGAAACGUUCGAUAAUUAUGUUAAAUUCCAAAAAAUACAGCACGACGCUAAACUUCAAUUAGGAAAAGUAACUAAAAACUACUAUAUGGAUAAAAGAAUAGCCGACGAUCGAUAUAAACAAACCACUUUAAAAAGAAAAAUCUUUGGACGAACUAUUUAUCAUAAACCAAAUGUCGAAAUUAUUAAAUUGAGUAAAGCACCUACUAUCGAUACUCACAAUAAAAAUCGCUAUAUAACAAAAACAAUCGGCUCGAAAACUAAUGAAGCUGCUCAUGUUACAACAAAAAAGAAGACAGUGAUACCCAAAAACAAACGUCAUAAAAUUCCAUUGAAAACAUUCGUUUUAGUGAACGAUUUCGGUAGAAAUCCACUUAAAAUUACAAGUUUAAUAAAAAAUAAGAACGUAAAAGUUUACAAACCACAUGCUCAUGGCGUCACUGAAUCCAAAGGCGACAUAGACGAAAAAUUCAAAGGUAGAAACAGUGUUCUCAGCAAAAUUACAGCACCUACCAGUUAUAGCUACGAAGAGGAUGAACUAAAAUUCAAUAUUAACGAUGCUUUUAAGCAUAAUGAACUUUAUUACAAAGCUAGACAGUUCGAUUUAAAUCCAGAAAGAAAGGAGGGUAUUAACAAGCUCUCUAGCUAUAGUAGCGAAGAGGCGGCCAUUAAAUCUAACUUAUAUAAAGUUAUUGGUUUCAAUCAUAUUGUUAGGAAUGCCACUUUCGGCCAUAUAUAUAGCCGGUAAACGCAUAACGUCUUAUAAAACGAGGACUCAAGUAAGUACUUGGUUUACCGUUGCCUCCUAAAGACAAUGAUAGAAGAACAAACGUCAAACUGCUACGUGUUGACUUAUUUUGGUCGGUUAAUGGUUUAAAUCUGGUACUAAAGUUAGUACUCAUACAAUGAGAGAUGAAGUUAAUAAUAGCUAAUAAAAUAAAUAAGAAUAAAAACAUAAAGCGGUCUCUAAGAGAAAAUGCAACACGAUUAAAAAGAGAGGGAAGAUAGCAGUAGCCAAUCAGUAUCUCUUUAUUUGUCCACGCAUAAAAGACGUUAAUUUUCAAAUAAUACAAUCAAAUCAAUUUCAAUAUCUAAAGCUAUUUGAAAUAAAGUCAUAUAAAAUGUAACAUUAUUAGACUGAUAGGAUACCGGGCAACUUCUUUCUCUUCCUAGUACCGUUUUGAGAACUGCAAAGUCAUUGCCUAAUUCCAAAUAUAACUAUAUGUUAAGACAUUUAUAGCGCUUUUCCGUUUCAUUUUAUUAAUUACGACGAACGAAUGAUAAAGAACGAUGAAUAUAGGUUUGACAGCAGUAUUUCCAACCUAUUCAUUCAUUCCAAAUUCACUCACCAAAAACAUGUCAAAGUAAAUAUCGUCAUAGAUUCUCGCAUCCUAUGUAUAGUUAUGACUAGAAAUUAUAAUUAUAUUAAAUUUAAGCUUAGUUUCAUCAGGUUUUUAAUCUAUUUAGUUUUUAAAUAAUUUGUUAGAUGAUAAGAAGCAUUCAAAGAUAAAUUGUGCUGCCAAAUUAUUUGUUGUUUUAUUUGAAAGUUGUAUUUGUUAAAUUGUCAAAAAACCUUUGAUUAUUAAAAAUGUUGAAUAUUUAACACUUGUUUUCUUAUUCUAUUUUAUUUAUUGUAUUACAUUAUUCAGAUUUAUCUAUUUAAUUCUCCAUCUUGCACCCCCCUCUUUUUAUAAUAUAGUUUGUUUUUUCUUUCAUCAUGCCUCGGGUUGCUUGGAAGAGAGACGUAUCAAUAAGGUCGCCCUUUGUAUUCUCUCUCUGUUUUCUAGUUUUUCUGUAAUAUGUCCUGUCUAGCGUGCACUAAAGAAUAUUAUUAUGUUUUUCCCGUUUGUAGAGUAAAUGAUGGGGAUCGUUUAGAUGUAUUCUAACGAAACUU